AUGUCCUGCAGCCAUCUGUGCUUCAUCCCCACCUCCUCCUCCUCUUCCUCACACCUGUCCCACCUCCUCCUCCUCCUCUUCCUCACACCUGUCCCACCUCCUCCUCCUCCUCUUCCUCACACCUGUCCCACCUCCUCCUCCUCCUCUUCCUCACACCUGUCCCACCUCCUCCUCCUCUUCCUCACACCUGUCCCACCUCCUCCUCUUCCUCACACCUGUCCCACCUCCUCCUCCUCCUCUUCCUCACACCUGUCCCACAACCACCUUCAAAAACCCUGCUCCGCCCUGAGGCCUCCCGCCCUGAGGCCUCCCGCCCUGAGGCCUCCCGCCCUGAGGCCUCCCUCCCUGGGGCCUCCCUCCCUGGGGCCUCCCUCCCUGGGGCCUCCUGGUCAUGGCUCAGUACACCAAGAACUCCUAUUGGUUUAA